AUGGCAGUGGGAGGGCACCGGCGCCUGCGCAAUGAGGGGGCCGCUCCCCGCCGCGUGCGGCUCGAUUCUUGGCGCAAGCGCCAAGGCAAACUCGGGCAGUUGGCUGGCAAGCCACUGCGCAUGUGUUUCAACUACAGUGUGGGUGCUCGGUGCACCACACCUGUUGGUGUUCAGAUGGAACAGCAUGCUAGUCAUCCUACUAACAGAAAAGGAGCUGACCACAAGUCCAAGGGAUGCCUAGGACUCCUAGAAUGUAUGUAUGCCAAUCUCCAGCUUCAGACUCACCUCACCCAACAACAGAUGGAUGUUUGGGAAAAUUGACAAGCAUCCAUGGCACAACUGGCUCCUGGGAGGAAAAGCAAGAACUCUUCUCUCCCAGCCUUAUCUUGCAAUCUGUUGUUAAAUCACCUGCCCUAAUUCAGUAAAUGA